AUGUCGAUGCCAGAGAUAAGUCGCAAGAAAGAAAUCUACAAAUACGAAGCUCCAUGGAAUCUUUACAGCAUGAAUUGGAGCAUUCGUCCUGAUAAAGGUUUCCGUCUAGCUUUUGGUAGCUUUAUUGAAGAAUAUAAUAAUAAGGUUCAAAUUGUAUCUCUCGACAAUGAUGACGCUGAUUUUGUUGUCAGAUCAACGUUCGAUCAUCCUUAUCCAACCACUAAAUUAAUGUGGAUUCCAGAUGGGAAAGGGAUAUAUCCAGAUCUUUUGGCUACAUCUGGUGAUUAUUUAAGAUUGUGGAGAGUAGGCGAUGAAGGAACAAAAUUAGAAUGCUUAUUAAACAAUAGUAUGAAUUCCGAUUUUUGCGCUCCGUUGACUUCCUUCGAUUGGAAUGAAAUUGAUCCAAAUAUCAUCGGAACGUCAAGUAUUGAUACUACUUGUACGAUAUGGAAUAUAGAGACUGGUCGAGCAAUUAGUAGAUCUACACCUGUUUCAGGACGUAUUGCAACACAGCUGAUUGCACAUGAUAACGAGGUUUACGAUAUAGCAUUUAGUAGAGCAUCUGGUGGACGUGAAAUUUUUGCCUCGGUUGGCGCCGAUGGCUCAGUACGGAUGUUCGAUUUAAGGCAUUUGGAGCAUUCAACAAUCAUCUAUGAAGAUCAAGCGCAUGCUGCAUUACUGAGGUUAUGCUGGAAUAAACAAGAUGCCAAUUAUUUGGCGACAUUCGCUCUCGAUAAUUGCGAUGUCAUCAUCCUUGAUAUUAGAGUGCCAUGUACGCCUGUUGCACGCUUAAGUAACCAUCGAGCUUCAGUAAACGGUAUCGCAUGGGCACCCCAUUCCUCAUGUCAUAUAUGUACCGCUGCUGAUGAUAAGCAAGCUCUAAUUUGGGAUAUUCAGAAAAUGCCCAGAGCUAUUGAAGAUCCUAUCUUAGCUUAUACUGCAAAAGGCGAAAUAAACCAAAUUCAAUGGUCGUCAACGCAACCUGAUUGGAUUGCAAUUUGCUAUUCAAACUGUCUAGAAAUAUUACGUGUCUAA